UGAACGCGACUAAUGUCAAAAUAAAAAGCAAACGUACUUGAAGAAGCUCCAGCUACAGCUAUAUUUUCGCUUUAUUUAAUUCUUGUUAAAUUAAAAUUGAUAAAAUUAUUUAUUUCAAACGUAUUUAUUCGAGUAAAACAUUCUUUUUCACAACCAUUAAUACCAACUAAUCUACAAAUGGCUAGUUCCUCCAGACCUGAUGCUACGAAUAAAGUUUGCUGCUAUGCGCAUCCAGAUGCACCCCUUAUCGAAGACUAUCGUGCAGGCGAUAUGAUUUGCUCGGAAUGUGGCCUUGUUGUUGGUGAUCGCGUAAUCGAUGUUGGUUCUGAAUGGCGUACUUUCAGCAACGAAAAGAGCGGAGUUGAUCCAAGUCGUGUUGGUGGACCGGAAAAUCCUCUCCUUAGUGGGGGCGAUCUCUCUACCAUUAUCGGACCGGGCACUGGGUCUGCAUCUUUUGAUUCAUUCGGAGCGCCCAAAUAUCAAAACAGACGUACGAUGAGCAGCUCGGACAGAUCACUCAUAUCGGCCUUCAAGGAAAUAUCUACUAUGGCAGAUCGCAUUAAUCUGCCCAAAACAAUAGUUGAUCGCGCAAAUAAUCUUUUCAAGCAGGUUCAUGAUGGUAAAAAUCUUAAAGGACGUUCUAACGACGCAAAAGCCUCAGCGUGCCUUUACAUUGCUUGUCGUCAGGAAGGUGUUCCACGUACAUUCAAAGAAAUAUGUGCUGUUAGCAAAAUAAGCAAAAAGGAAAUUGGCAGAUGUUUUAAGCUCACACUGAAGGCCUUGGAGACAAGUGUAGAUCUAAUUACUACGGCAGAUUUUAUGUCCAGAUUUUGUGCUAACUUGGAUCUUCCAAAUAUGGUGCAACGUGCUGCAACACAUAUUGCAAAGAAAGCUGUCGAAAUGGAUAUUGUUCCUGGUCGUUCGCCUAUAUCUGUUGCAGCCGCAGCUAUUUAUAUGGCAUCACAGGCUUCAGAACAUAAGCGUAGCCAAAAGGAAAUUGGCGAUAUUGCUGGUGUUGCAGAUGUUACGAUCCGGCAAUCAUACAAACUAAUGUAUCCACACGCAGCCAAAUUGUUCCCAGAAGACUUUAAAUUCACAACACCAAUUGAACAACUGCCGCAAAUGUAAAUAUUUUUUUUUUGUUUCACAACCUGAAUAACUAUAAUAUUACUAAACAAAAAACUGUGUAUGUAUUUGUAAGGAGUUUUAUUUUCUUUUUUGUAAUUCAUAGAGAAUUAAGUUUGACAAUUGCAGCAAAUAUAACAGUUCAAAUAUUCGCUACAUUUCAAUGAAUUCUUAUGUUAGCUUUUUAGUUUUAAAAUAAAUCAAUAAAUAUUAUUUUGGAAAAAAA